UUGCCAUGACAAAGCUUAGGGACGCCGCUCUCCGCUCGAGCGACGGAGCGUACCGACUUGGGAGUUUUGCCUUCGAACCAUCGGUUUGUCGGUCCGGCUUUAAGGAAAGGAGUUCGCCUCCCAACCCGAACUGCACGGGUAACAAUCGCAGUGCGAGGCAGAGAGGAAAUCGAGAGGUCUCCUGUGGGCUUUUUCAAUGGCGGUCGUGCGAUCCCGUCCUGGGCUUUAUCGUUGGCGACGCUUCAAUCGGCCAGCAUCGCGCCAAAAGCCACAGUUUGAUGCUGACAGUAUAGAGCACUGGAUAAAGCGAGUGGAACAAGCGUCCGAAUUUGCUGUUUCUGAAGCUUUUUCAUUAAAAAAGUCAUCCUAUUCUCAUGGACUUAAUGGUCCAGUGCUGGAUUUGGAAACAACAGAGCAGCUGUUAGAUCAUGAUGAAGCAUAUGUAGAAGCUCAAGAGUUGCUUAAUGACUGGAUGAAUUCAAAGUUGAAAUUGGAACUGGCAAGUGAUGAAGACAACGAUGUUCAACAUUCAGCACCCAACUCUGUUCCUUUACAAGAGCCGGUUGCUGGCUUUCAGAAAUAUAAAAAAUUUGAUGAUUUCUAUGGUUAUUUGGAGCAAGAAGUGGAAGGCACCACGGUACAAGAUUUUUUACAGCAUCUAUUGCAAAGUGAAAUUGUGAACAGUGGUAUACUGGAAGGCCUUAAAACUAAAGCUGUCAGAGAGGAAAAGGAACCCAGAGACUUACGAAUUAACAUGGAACUAAGGCAUAAACAGGUAAAAGAAAAUCGUUUGAAACGGCAGCAGGAGCUUGAACUUCUAAAACAAGAAAAAGCCUUGAAAAAGUUAGCAAUGUCAGAGGCUCAAAAACAAUUGCAAGAGGAGACGAAGAGGAAAGCUCUGAAAGCCAAAAAAGAAGAAGCAGCGAUCCAAAAACAAAUGGUAAUACUGCGGAAGGAGUUGGGAGAAAAAAGACAUCUCAUGGAAGAAGCACGGAAAAUGGAAAGAAAAAGACACAAUUUAAAAAAAAUCCAGACUCUGAUAGAAGUUGGCCUGCCUCCUGCUCAGCUUACCUAUCUGAAUUGUAACAAUGAAGAACAAAAGGAGGAGGAACAGGUCAAACAGCAGGAACUACUGAGCAAGGUCAACACUGCUGAUCAGAAGUGCCUACGGAAAUAUUUCUCUGCCUGGUACAAGUUUAUUCUGGACCUCAGAAUUAAAAUGGGGAAAGCAAGAGCCCUUGCGGACUGGAAGUGCCAGCUGAAGAUUUUGCGAGCCUGGAGAGAUUAUUCAUGGUCUCACAAACUGGAGAAGGAGACUCAAAAAAUGGAAAACCAGCUUCGGGAUCAAAAUAGGAAAAACCAGCUGGCUAUAGAGUUUAACCGGAAAUGCAUUUUGCGUCAUUUCUUUGCUGAAUGGCAAUGCUGGAGCCGAUUAGAGAUGGAAAAGAGAGAGCUAGAAGCGAACAAAGAAAAAAUGAGGAGAAAAAUGGCAAAGCUCUUGGAAGAAGUAUCACUGGGGCAACUAACGGCAGCUUUCUCAAGAUCUACCAAUAAAAUCCUUGAGAAAGGAGUUACCCAAGAUAAACCUGCAAGUGAUACAGAGGUAAACUGUAUAGAGGUUAACCAGCUGGCUGAAAUCCCGUGUGUUCAGAACAAUCCCACAACUGCAAAAUUGGACAGAGAAAAUUCCUACUCUCCAGGGAUAAGUAAAAAAUGCAACCUCCAUUCACCAAGUCAACCAAAAUGCCCAUGGCAAAUCACCAGAAAACAUGCUGCUUUGAAUCUUCAGGACCAUGCCAGGUUUGGGAAUGAAACAAAGCAUUCCCUGCAGCAUCUUGAUCUAGCACAACAAAAGAAAUCUUCCACUAUUUGGGGUCCCCUGGAACAGCAACGCCUGAUUGAAGAACAGCAACAACAGCUUCAAGAGCAGCAAGAGCUGAUCCGUAAACUUCAGGGCCUUCAGAGGGUACGCACUGCUUGGGAGGAGGUUGAGCAAACUACAGCUGCUACCACGGCACUUAACAUUAACACUCCAAAAAUUAAGGAAGAAAAGCAACUGAAAGAAAAUCAAUCAAAUUACAAGAAUACUAAGCCUGUAAGGUCAGAAGUUCAGCAGCCAGUCACUCAUAAGAGAAGGACUUUGAAAGCAUUAGUUACACCACAUCCCUUGCUUAGAGCUAUGGAAGAAAGAGCAGUUCAACGAGCAGAACGAAGGAAACAAUUGGAAGAAGCAAAAAAAAAGCGAGAAGACGAAAAGCUGGCUGAGAUGGAAGCCAAAGAAGAAGAACGUCAAAGACAAGAAGCAGCAGAAAAAGAGGCUAAAUUAGAGAAGAAGCGAGAAGAGAAGAAAUUGCAGCAAAUGAAAGAACUGGAAAAACAGAAAAGGCUAGAGAGAGAACAGCAACUUUUUUCCAAAGCUGAAGACCAUUACAUUAUGGUUCUGCUCAAACAGGGGUUAAAGGCCUGGAAAAAACUUACAGAGCAAUCUGAAGAAAACAUGGUGAUGGCGCAAAAGCAUCAUUGUAUGAGGUUGCAGCAGAAAUGUCUUCUUGCCUGGCUUCAUUAUAUGCAAGAAAUCCAUUCAAGGAAAAGCGCUCAAGCUGAGGAUCUCCAUUGUUCUCAAUUGCUUAGAAGAUCUUUCAGGGGUUGGAUAAAGUAUAAGGAUUACAGACUUACUCUUGAAGAGAGUGCAAGCAAAGUCCAUGAAACUACCCUAAAGAAGAAGUUAUUUGGCUCUUGGUUUGAUUUGGUAAACGAGGAGAAAAGUAUAUUGUGGGCAAAACAAAAGACUGCAGAUGAAUACUUUAAUAGGAGAAUGAUACUACUUGCAUUCAGAGCCUGGCAAGAGUAUCCAGCUCAGAUGAAAGACGAAAGAAAAAAAGAAGAAAGACUAGAAAAGCUAAGAAAGAGAGUAUCUGAAAUUUUGCCGGAUUUCCAGGCAUGACAAAAGGAUUUCAGACCAGAGGACAAUUGGAACUUGGAAGGAGGAAAAAGUCCAUGUGGCAAAUACCCUCUCAGACUGUCUCUCUAGCACCAUUUCAGUAAACUCAUUUGCUUUUUUCCUUCUAUCAACAAUGUGGGAGUAUCUUUGAUUUGCAAGGGAAACCCUACUGAAUGUCUGCUUUGCAAUCAGAAUUGACUUUAAAAACAGAAUCUGUCUAUUACUGUUCACCUGUUAAGAGCUCAUAGUGUGAACAUAGUGAUGGUCCUUACUAUUUGCAUACACCCACAUCAAGGCAUUUUGUUAUCUAUCUCAAACAGCUCUAAUAUAAAUGCAAAAGCAACCAGUUAAUCAAUACCAGCUACCCUUGGUCUUUUCCCUAAUUGCUGUGAGACAAUCAGUUUCCACAAUGUUGGAAUACACUUCUAUGCUCUCUAGACGACUAAGGUUAUCCAUUCAAAUGCCUUUCACUAUUACUGUAAAUAGAAAUACAGUAAUAACUAUUAUUUUGGCAUUCAUGACACCAAAUAACUGCCUAAAAGGGUCGUUAUAUCUAUUUUGAAAAGUACAGUAGUCAAUCCCAGAUUUGAGGUACCUGAUAAAGAUCCCUGUGCUAUAUUUACACAUUUGUAAGUCAGUCACUUUUAAAGGAAGAUUUGUGUUUCUCACAUUCAUAUGCAUCCUCCUUCAGCCAUCUGAAGCCCUGGAAUUUUUGCCAGUUGUCAGUCUCCCUCGUUGGCUACAAAAUUCUGCUGCUGCUUCUGAGUUUCUAAACUGUUAACAAACACUUCAACUUCUAGAUGGAAUUUUCAUUCUACAGCUGAUAAUUUUUGGCUGAAAACUGAAUUAGAAACACAAAAGUCAAAUCAUCCUAGUAACAAUUAUAACUACAAAAAAAUUAUGAUAAUAGAAAAACAGCAAGGGAAUAAGUUAUCUCUAAAGCUGGAUUAGUAAUUUGUAUUAAGAAAAAUGUUAAAGUGAGAAUACAAGAAUUCCAGCCACCAAUUUUGCUUUCAAGUGUGGGACUUCUUUAGUUUUGGAAGCUAGUUUUGGCUCCCUUUGUUCCACAUUUAUAGUACCAUGGGCAAGUCACUGAUUUCUUUGCAAAACGUAGCCCAGUUUGCCCUUGCUUAUUAAUUAUAUAUCAGUAUGAGACUCCUUUGUGGCAAACCAACCAUUAUUGGUUUAUGUGGUCACUAAGAGUUCACAUUAACUUGAUGGUUCACAAACAAUCCAUAUAUAAGACAUUUAAAUCUAAAGAUCCAUUUGCUGGUCAACCACAAGUUUACUUUGUCUCAAAAAAUAUUCAUUCUUUAAGGACAAAUAGGGAAAACUUUAAAUGAUAUUCUUCCAUUUGUAGUUCUAAUGUAUUAAUCUAUUAUUAGAAAUCACAUCAGAAUAAAUUUAUAUAUGUUUUUUUCUACAGCUUAUACUUUAUAGAAAUUCAAUAUUCAGUACCCUAACUAUAUUCAAGUAACCUUUAAGUGGACAAUUAGUAAUUAUAUUUUUUUAAUUCUAGCUUCAAAAAUUCGGAGUAUAAAACAGUUUAAAUUCUCUCCAUUCCCUGGAACCUAUUAACAAUUAGGUUUAUCAGUAU